UCGCUCCGCCGGACGGACGACAUCACGUGUGUGAAGCCAGGAGGCGUACAUAUAUAUACAACACAGCCCGGACACAAGAACAACUGGUGUGGCAAUAACGGUCAAACAAGCGGUGCACCUCGCUGUCAUCCCAUCACUGAGCUGCACAGUAACACCCAACCCCCAUUAUUACAUAUCGGGCUUUCUUUUCUUUUUUUUGCGGGGGGAGAAGCCACAUCGUUGUCCGGCGUGCUUCGGGGAGCUAACGUCAACCCAGACAUUAGCAAGCGAUGUGAGCAGAGCGGCCUGCUUCUUCUGGAUGCCCCGCUGAGGUUCACCGACAGGGCACGCCACCAACGGACUCCGCUGCGGGCUUUUUUUUCGACCCAACGCUAUCGACACCACCCUGAGGAUCCCGUGCUCUCCCGUUUUGUCUGGACCGAGGCUUCAUGCUAGUUCCGCGUUAGCUGGACGCACUAGCUAGCCAUUAGCUAACGCUCGGCGCGUGAGCUCGAGACGAGACAACCAGCCGUCAGGUCGCACUCCCGAGCCCGGUAGGUGCCAUGGGUCUACUGUCUCAGGGGUCUCCGCUGAACUGGGAAGAAACCAAGAAGUACGCCGACCACAUCCGGAAGCACGGCAUCAUUCAGUUCCUCAACAUCUACAACAAGUUGAAGGAGCGCCAGAAGGACGUGUUGAAAUGGGGCGACGAGGUUGAGUACAUGCUGGUGGAAUUGGAUGACACGGAUGAAAAAGUUCGACUUGUCCUCAACGGAAAAGAUGUUUUGGAAACUCUGCAAGACCAGGGGGAAAAGAUCAACCCCAAUCACCCCACCCUCUGGAGACCAGAGUAUGGCAGCUACAUGAUCGAAGGAACGCCGGGGCAGCCGUACGGCGGGACCAUGUCAGAGUUCAACACCGUGGAGGGCAACAUGGGGAAGAGACGACGAGAGGCCUGUGCUGUCCUCAACCCCAAUGAAACCCUCUGCACCGUCACCGCAUUUCCAAGGUUGGGCUGCCCAGGCUUUACCAGACCAGAGCACCGGCCAACCCCGGUGGAGAAGGGAGUGUCAAAGUCACUGUUUUUCCCUGAUGAAGCCAUCAACAGCCACCCAAGAUUCAGCACCCUGACCAGAAACAUACGUCACAGAAGAGGAGAGAAAGUUGUGAUUAAUGUGCCAAUCUUCAAAGACAAGUGCACCCCGUCUCCCUUUGUGGAGGAGUUUCCGGAGGACGACGGGGAAGCGGCGAGGGCGGCUCUGCCUGACCACAUCUACAUGGACGCCAUGGGCUUCGGGAUGGGCAACUGCUGUCUGCAGGUGACAUUCCAAGCUUGUAGCAUUGAUGAAGCAAGAUACCUUUAUGACCAACUAGCAACAUUCUGCCCCAUAGUGAUGGCGCUGAGUGCAGCCUCUCCCUUCUACAGAGGCCUCGUGUCGGAUAAUGAUUGUCGCUGGGGGGUUAUUUCUGCCUCGGUGGACGACAGGACAGUGGAAGAACGCGGCCUGAAGCCUCUGAAAAACAACAAAUACAGGAUCUUCAAGUCCAGAUACGAUUCAAUCGACAGCUACCUGUCCAGCUGCGGUGAGAAGUACAACGACAUUGACUUGACAAUAGACGAGGAGAUCUACAAGCAGCUGCUCGACGCAGGAAUUGACAAGCUGCUGGCCCAGCACAUAGCACACCUCUUCAUCCGAGAUCCACUCUCCAUCUUUGAGGAGAAAAUCCACUUGGACGAUGAGAACGAGUCCGACCACUUUGAGAACCUCCAGUCGACCAACUGGCAGACGAUGAGGUUCAAACCUCCACCUCCAAACUCCGACAUCGGCUGGAGAGUGGAGUUCCGCCCCAUGGAGGUGCAGCUAACUGACUUUGAAAACGCUGCAUACGUGGUCUUUGUCGUCCUGCUCACCAGGGUGAUCUUGUCCUACAAACUGGACUUUCUGAUCCCUUUGUCCAAGGUUGAUGAAAACAUGAAGGCUGCGCAGAAGAGAAACUCUGUCCAGGAGGGCAUGUUUUACUUCCGAAAGGACAUCUUCAAAGGCUGCAACCCGGGGCUCGAUGGCGCAUCCUCGGCUGAGAACGGCUGCGGGAAUGAUGGUGCUAAUGAGGAGUACAUGCUGAUGAGCAUCGACACAAUCAUCAAUGGAAAGGAGGGAGUGUUUCAAGGGCUUAUCCCGAUCCUUAACUGCUAUCUGGAAAACAUGGAGGUGGAUGUGGAUACCAGGUGCACCAUUUUAAAUUACCUGAAGCUCAUAAAGAAACGUGCCUCAGGCGAACUAAUGACGAUGGCCAAGUGGAUGAGGGAGUUUGUCGCCAAGCACCCGCAGUAUAAGCAGGACAGCGUCCUGACUGACAAGAUAAACUACGACCUGUUCAAGAAGUGCGACAGGAUCGCGAAAGGUGAAGAGCAGUGUCCGGAGCUCAUUGGAAACCCAGUGAACCGGUUCAAAUGAGAGCAGCUGUACAUGUGCACAGUUGUUAUACAAACUUGCAUGUAAAGAAAGACCAAAUGUGUGGCUCAGAACGACAGCGGCCCAAUUUUAAGAGGAUGCAAAACAGCAUGUGUGUGUUGAAAGAAACACAUCAAAUGUAUGUGUAUAUAUACUGUAUCAGAUUUUUUAUGAUUGCAGAAUUAUUUUAAUAGGGUUAAGACAUGCAAAUGGUUGUGUAAUAGAAAUCAGAUGUGUAUUUAUUUUUCUCUGGAAAUUAAGCCUAUCUGUUUGAUGUAAAUGUAGCAAAGAGUUGUACAGUAGUCUGCUUUUAAUCUUGUGUUCGAUAAAUACUGUACUUCAGCUCUUCAGAACAUCACACGCCUCUAUUUAACGCGGAGUAAACGCUUCUUGCUUUUGGUAGAGGCUGUUUUUUCUUUUUGCUUAAGAGACUGACAGUGCAGUAGGACCUUUUUUAAAGUAGUGCCGCACGCAUUCACGGGCAAAGACUCAACCAUUUUUCUUUCUUUGCCAAAUUAUGCUGCUUCAAAAUAAGUCCGUGCAGCAGCUGGUUAGUCAGUCUUGUAUGGGACGCUUUUCAAUUCAAGGAGCCGAAGAAGGUGAUUCAAUUAGAUCAAAUAAGUUGGUUGAGCCAACGUUAUCAACAAGCCUUCACAAAAUCGUCCAAAUACUCGAACUUGGCAGUGUUUUGGCCGAUCUGCCCAAAGGAAUGCCUGCAGUCACAUUUACAUAAUUCCUAUUGUGGUUAGCAACCAAAAGCUUUAUAGAAAGUCAUGCCGACUGUUCUUUGUCCAUUUUCAAUUAUGUUCUUUCACAUAACAUGAGAUUCUGUACAGACCGUGAAAAAAUGUGCUUUGGGCUAAACGCUACGUCGCCAUAGCAACAUGCCGAGGUUAAAUGAAGACUCACUAGCUUACUUUAGUAAGCAGAUAUAGAAUAAUUGGCACUUAACACAAUCUAACUGAGGCAGACUGAAUGUGCUGGGGAGUGAUGUUGUUCUUGCUCAACAUGAAUGUGUGUCCCAAAUAUCACAGCUGUUUUUCUGAUUGUUCACAUGGAGAGACCAGCUUUACCGGGCCUAAAAUGAAUGGUUGACCCACUGGUACUUGGGAGGAGGAGGAACAGUUAUUCUUUCCCACCACUGAAAGGAUGAGAUGUGGGAAAUCCAAAUCCAGGCACACAAGUGCCCCCCCCAGGUCCAACCAAAGACCACUUGCUAUAUGAUUUUGAAAAAUGCAAUAAAAGUGGGAAAGCAC